CGGCAGGCGGCGCGGCGCAGAGGAGCGGAGCGCAGCGGGGCCGCCGCUGCCGCCAGGAGAUCCCAGCAAGAUGCCCCGGGUAGACGCAGACCUCAAGCUGGACUUUAAAGAUGUCCUGCUCAGACCCAAACGAAGCAGCCUCAAAAGCAGAUCCGAGGUUGACCUCACGCGCACUUUCACCUUCCGCAACUCCAAGCAGACGUACACGGGAAUUCCCAUUAUAGUGGCAAACAUGGACACUGUGGGGACGUUUGAAAUGGCUGUGGUUAUGGCUAAACAUGCAAUGUUCACUGCAAUUCACAAGCAUUAUUCUCUGGAAGAAUGGAAACUGUUUGCUGCCAAUCACCCAGAAUGCCUUGAGCAUGUAGCAGCAAGCUCAGGUAGUGGAAAAGCUGAUCUGGAUAAAUUAACAAGCAUUCUAGAGGCCAUCCCGCCUAUCAGAUAUAUCUGCUUGGAUGUGGCAAACGGCUAUUCAGAACAUUUUGUGGCAUUUGUGAAGUCUGUCCGUGCCCUGUUCCCAAAUCACACCAUUAUGGCAGGCAACGUGGUGACAGGAGAAAUGGUAGAAGAACUUCUUCUUUCUGGAGCAGACAUUAUUAAAGUGGGUAUCGGACCAGGUUCUGUGUGUACCACUCGGAUUAAGACAGGGGUGGGCUAUCCACAGCUAAGUGCUGUUAUUGAGUGUGCAGACUCAGCACAUGGCUUGAAAGGACAUAUCAUCUCUGAUGGAGGAUGCAGCUGCCCAGGAGAUGUCGCCAAAGCGUUUGGAGCCGGUGCUGAUUUUGUCAUGCUUGGAGGGAUGUUUGCAGGCCACGAUCAGUGUGCUGGAGAGAUUAUAGAAAAGAAUGGCAAGAAGGUGAAACUCUUCUAUGGGAUGAGCUCUGAUACAGCCAUGAAGAAGCAUGCAGGAGGUGUUGCUGAAUACAGGGCUUCAGAGGGCAGAACUGUGGAGGUACCGUACAAAGGAGAUGUGGAACUCACCAUCCUGGACAUCCUUGGAGGGCUGCGCUCCACCUGCACCUACGUGGGAGCUGCCAAACUCAAGGAACUGAGCAGGAGAACAACAUUCAUCCGGGUCACCCAGCAGCACAGCCAGGUCUUCUCAUAGCCCAGGACGGGGGGACUGGAGAGAGAUGGGAGGAGAAGAGCAGGAAAGGUUGCUGGUCUGUUUUGAUUUCUCCUCCACAUUGCAUUAGUGGCAAACUCCUCUCUCUAUGAAUGGCAGUCUCAUAGCCUUUGGUGGCUUGGAUUUGGAAGGGGAAGGCUGUACUGUUAACACAGUGCCAUUGGUUCAAAAUGCAAUAGCCUCAUCUUUUACUGUGCCUGAUUUAUUUUUUAAUCAACAUUUCUUCGUCUGUUCUUUCUCCUCUGAUAAAUAGUCGCUGAAACCUCAGUUAGCAAGGAAUUGGCUUGUACAGACAUGGCUGUUGCACCUGCACACAUUCACAUAUUCCCUCUGUUAAGACUGACCUGUCAGCUACCAUUGCUUCUGACAGUGCACCCUCCAGAGAAAAAGCUACAAGGAAUUGAGUGGAGAAAUCAAAAAUCAAAUUGUCUUCACCUUUCCUCUGGCAGAAUGUUGGAUGCUUGUGGCAGGGCUGCCAGCCUGCAGGAUGUCAGAGGUGGGUGAGGCUUGGCUACCGUUGGCUUCUUGCUGUGAUGAUAAAAAUGCCAGAUCUCUUUCACUCUCUGUUCACAGGGCCAUUUUUACUGCCAUUUUUACUGAAACCUCUCCAUGGACCAGCCUCUGCAGAGAAGCUGGCACUGAGUGUAGCAACCCCAUGCUGUCUUGCCUGCCCCUGUCUGUGGAGAUCAUUCAGGAGAGAACAUCUCAGAGCUUGCCUGCUUUACGUGCAUGCAGUAAUUGCGUUGUGUGGGUUGCUGCUUUCCCCUGUGCUCUGUGAUCAGAUUUUUAAGACAUAGAAACUCAGCAACAGUAAACUCACCGAGGGGAGGUUUCUCCACAGCCCUCCCUGCUCCCAUUUAAGUUUUCUGCAUUCAUGUCCGUUUAGCAGAGAUGUGAAAAUGUUGUGCUGUGCAUUGCCUGUGGCCAGGAGAACAAGGUCCAAUGGAGGAAUCAAAUUCACUCUUAGCUACUUGGUACCACUCCUUUGCAAUCCUUGACAAUGUGAAAAGCAAAAAGGAGCUUUCAGCAGAGGUGCCUGAUUGCAGGACACUGGUAGGCCAAGAUUGAAUUAAAGCAUUUGUUCUAAAGGCAGUAAUGAAUGUUUAAGGCUCUGGAUAACACUUUAUGGCCCACUAAUUAAUUGAUAAAUCACAGUGAAAUUUCUUUGGAAAUACACAUUGCAUCCACAUGAAUACCACAGUAGCUCGUUAUGAUAAAUGAUGUAAAAGUGAACAGCAAUGAAUUAAUAAUGCUUGGCCACUUACUUUGAAGUGCUGCUGAGAUCAUAAUGCAGCUGUUGUUACCUCAGUACUUCAGAGCCUUACUUUUCCCUCCUGCAGGUAUCUGUGGAAAGAGGCAGGCUUCCUUUGAAAAGCAAAUGAGUGAUCUGUAGGAAGAGGAAUAGCAAAGAGAAUCUCCAGAAUUUGGUUCAUUUGAGGGACUUCUCAAAAAGCCAUGCACGAGUAUUGGUACCACUGGCCAUUGUGAGAGCAUAUCUAGGCCACAAACUGAUGCCCAGUGAGUUUUAAGUCUGUUGUGCACAUUAGGAAAGGCUCAGUAGAUCUUCUAAAAGGCCUAUUUUAAACGUCUUCCAUUAAACAUGUAGGACUAAUUCUUAA